AUGGAAACCUCCAUGAAUCCAUUGGGCAUGAGAAAACAUGGAAGGAGAAGUUCAAGACACUCUACUAAGUAUCUAGGAGUUAGAAGAAGGCCAUGGGGAAGAUAUGCGGCUGAGAUCAGAAAUCCAUACACUAAAGAAAGGCAUUGGCUAGGCACAUUUGACACUGCCGAGGAAGCUGCAUUGGCUUAUGAUCUCUCUUCUAUUGCGUUUUCUGGGAUCCAAAACGCUCCCACUAAUUUUGUGUACACGGUAGAUCAUUCCAGUUGUUUUCCUUCGCCUUCGCCGCCGCCGCCUCCGCCACCGCAGCCAUCCACCGCGGAGUUGGACGAGAUUGUAGAUGACGAGUCUCUUGUCAUAGCGUCUAUUCUACAAAGCUUCCGCCAAUCCAAUGGCACGGAUAAUAAGCUUCUUGUUUGA